GUGAUAAAAUAAGAGCCAGAAAACAUCAACCAAAUUUCUUGCUAUCCUUUCCCUUACACAUCUGCUAGCCAAUUCUACCCAUGUGACAGUAAUCUGCUAAAUUAGUUCCAAAAUGCUGUUAAGGCUCUGACUUCAUUAAUAUGCCUUAAUGGCCCUGACUCCCUUCAGCUGGGGCCGCACACCCACACCUCUGCUCCUGGGCACAGGAACUCCAUGGACUCUCAGACUCGACGAAAGCUCGGGACGUCAGUGGAAGCCGCAGCGCAAAGCAGAGUUCCGAGGCAGGAGGAUGGCCAGCCCUAACGGUGCAGGGCUCUUCUGGGAGGUCAUUUGGCUUGCUAUUGCUAUCUGUGCUCAUCUCCAGACAAGAGCAGAGCAGUCCCAAGGUGCAUACUUCUUGCCUGAGUUUGCCCUUUCUCCACAAGGGAGUUUUCUUGAGGAUACCACAGGAGAACAGUUCCUCACUUACCGUUACGAUGACCAGACCUCCAGAAUCACCCGUUCUGAUGAAGAUAAGGAUGGCUCCUGGGAUGCCUGGGGAGCCUGGAGUGAUUGCUCACGGACCUGCGGUGGGGGAGCCUCCUACUCGCUGAGGAGAUGUUUAAAUGGCAGGAACUGUGAAGGUCGGAAUAUUCGAUACAAAACCUGCAGUAGUAAUGACUGCCCUUCAGAUGUUGGUGACUUCAGAGCACAACAAUGUUCAGCCUACAAUGAUGUCAAGUACCAGGGGCAUUUUUAUGAGUGGAUCCCCGUGUAUAAUGACCCUACUGCACCAUGUGCCCUGAAGUGUCAAGCUCUGGGAAAGAACUUGAUUGUGGAGCUUGCCCCAAAAGUACUAGAUGGUACUCGUUGCAAUAUGGAAUCGCUGGAUAUGUGCAUUAGUGGAAUAUGCCAGGCAGUAGGCUGUGAUCGACAACUUGGGAGCAAUGCCAAGGAAGACAACUGUGGAAUCUGUGCAGGAGAUGGUUCGACAUGCAGGCUUGUGAGGGGACAAGCUAAGACACAUGUCUCACCAGAAAAAAGGGAAGAAACCAUGAUUGCCGUUCCACAUGGGAGCCGCAGUGUGAGAAUUACACUCAAAGGACCAGCACACCUUGUUAUAGAGUCAAAGACACUACAAGGAGACAAGGGAGAACACAGUUUUGAUGAACCUGGAACAUUUGUCAUAGAAAAUACAACUGUUGAAUUUCAGAAGACUACAGACAGGGAAAUCAUAAAGAUCCAAGGACCUCUUGGUGCAGAUUUCAUUAUCAAGACCAGGUACUCCGGAUCGAAAGACAGUGUGGUUCAAUUCUUUUUCUAUCAACCUAUCAGUCAUCAAUGGAGACAAACAGAGUUCUUCCCCUGCACAGUGACAUGUGGAGGAGGUUAUCAGCUUAAUUCUGCUGAAUGUGUGGAUAUUCGUCUGAAGCGGGUUGUUCCUGAUCAUUAUUGUCAUUACCACCCAGAAAAUAAGAAACCAAAGCCCAAGCUAAAAGAAUGCAACAUGGAUCCCUGUCCUUCUAGUGAUGGAUUUAAAGAAAUCAUGCCAUAUGAUCACUUCCAGCCGCUUCCUCGGUGGGAACAUAACCCUUGGACUGCAUGUUCAGUUUCCUGUGGAGGUGGCAUUCAGAGGAGAAGUUUUGUGUGUGUAGAGGAGACCAUACAUGGAGAGAUUCUGCAAGUGGAAGAAUGGAAAUGCAUGUAUGCCCCUAAACCCAAAGUCAUUCAAACCUGCAAUCUGUUUGAUUGUCCUAAGUGGGUGGCAAUGGAAUGGUCUCAGUGCACAGUGACAUGUGGCCGAGGUUUACGUUACCGUGUAGUGCUGUGCAUUGACCACCGUGGGCAGCAUGUUGGUGGCUGUAAUCCACAACUUAAACUACACAUAAAAGAAGAGUGCAUCGUGCCAAUACCGUGUUACAAGCCAAGAGAAAAAAGUCCUGUGGAAGCAAAAUCCCCAUGGUUUAAACAGGCACAUGAAAUGGAGGAGACCAGAGCAGUCUCAGAAGAGCCAACGUUUAUUCCUGAACCGUGGUCUCCAUGCAGUGCCACGUGUGGCAGUGGCAUACAGGUGCGGGAUGUGAAGUGCCGAAUUCUUCUCUCAUUUACGCAGACUGAGGUGGAACUGCCUGAGGAGGAAUGUGAAGACGUGAAGCCCCCCACAGAACAAGUAUGUCACGAGGCACCCUGUGACAGUGAUCCUGUCCCCUACACACCGGAAUUUUCACGUGCUGAAGAUGGCAGUGUGAUUUAUGACUGGGAGUACAUUGGUUUUACUCCUUGUUCAGCCACCUGUCUUGGAGUUCAAAACUUGAAGAUGGAAGUUGGGAGGGAUGCCCCUGAAUGCUAUCAGCAGAAUGGAACACAAGAAGCCAUUGCGAUGUGCCUGCAUGUAGAGACAAAGCAAGCUGUCAAUGAAACCCUGUGUGACAAUUCCAAAAGACCACCACCAAUGACUCAUGCUUGCAAUAUGAAGCUUUGUCCUCCAAGGUGGCAGACUGGUCUGUGGAGACGGUGCUCAGCAACUUGUGGAGUUGGGAUACAGACGAGGGAUGUAUACUGCCAGCAGCCAGGAGGAUCUUCUGUUGCUGCCGAGAAUUGCAAAGACAAAAAGCCUCAUUCUUUGCAAGCUUGUAACCAGAUUGAUUGUCCCCCUGUUUGGCAUGUUGAGGAAUGGCAACAGUGUUCCCGUACUUGUGGAGGAGGGAUUCAGACCCGUAAAGUAUACUGUAAGCAGCUGUUGACAGAUGGAAGUUUCCUGAAACACUCUGAUGACACCUGCCGGGAGCCCAAAUUGCCAACUACAAAAUCAUGCGCGAAAGUGGACUGUCCUCCUCAACUGAUCGUAGGAGAAUGGUCCAAGUGCUCAGUAAGCUGUGGUGUUGGAAUCCAGAGAAGGAAAAUUGCCUGCCAAAACCGAACAGCAAAGGGCCAAUAUGUUGCAGUAAAUGAAUCAAUGUGUAGUGGUUCGUCUCCUUCACUGCUUGUAAGGUCUUGUCAGUUGAAUGCCUGCAACAAAAUUAAACCAAAGCUUCCAGAAAAAUCCUCUACUCAUGGACCUCGGAUUAUCAGUAUUCACCGUGUGUAUAUCCAGACGAGACAAGAGAAGCGCAUUAAUUUUACCAUAGGAAGCCGUGCCUACUUACUUCCAAAAACUUCUGUUGUAAUUAAGUGCCCCGUGCGAAGAUUCCAGAAGUCACUUAUACGGUGGGAGAAAGAUGAGCAACACUUACAAAACUCUAAAAGACUUGGCAUCACUAAGUCAGGGUCACUGAAAAUACAUAGUCUUGAAGCCACUGAUAUUGGUGUGUACCGGUGUAUUGCAGGCUCAGCGCAUGAAACAUUUGUACUCAAACUGAUUGGUAAUGACAACAGAUUGAUAGAACCACCAAGUCUUCGAAAACAUGCCAGUGAGAUCUCAAAUGCAGAUCACAAUGAGGCCAACAGCUUUGGGGCCAAAUGGCAUAAAAUGAACAAAAUGUGGCAAAUGUGGAGUAAGAAAAAUGAGCUCUAUUUGGGUGAGAGGCAAAUAAACGAUCAACCAUUCCUGAGAAAUCUCGAAGCCUUUGGGAGUAAUUCAGCAGGAGUAUUUAGCUCUCGUGAAUUCAAGAAUAAACGUCUGGAGGCAGCAGUUCUCCAGGGUGCCUACAGCAUGGACACUGUGCAGUUUGAAGAACUAAUAAGGAACAUGAGUCAGCUCAUUGAAACUGGAGACGUCAGUGAUGACUUGGCGUCCCAGGUCAUUUAUCAGUUAAUCGCUGAGUUAUCUAGGCCUCCACAAUCAACCACUGAAAAAUGGAAGGGAGCCCAGGAUGAGAAAUUGGCCUCAAAAUUCACCGGCAAAUCACCAAACGAAUCUGAUCGUUUCAGCACAAAAACUGUGGAUAAGUUAAUGUCUGACCAGAAGGUUCCAGUUAUUAUGAGGCAAAAGGAAAUUCCUGGAGUUUCCUUUAACAAAACACUAACUGUACGAAUUGGAAAUACAGUUUUUCUGACCAAGAAUACUCAAUCUGUCAAUCUACUGUGUGAAACAGCUGGUAUUAGUGAAGUGAAAUAUACUUGGACAAAAGAUGGUGAGACAUUAAAAUCCUCUGAGAAAGUGAUCCUGGACACCAUUGGAAAAGUGCAGAUUCGCAGUCCUACUGAAAAGGAACUUGGUACAUAUGGAUGUCUAGUUGUUAAUGACUUUGGUUUUGAUAUGGAAACAUCCUUACUAUUGCGUGCAGAGGUUCCUGUCAUCUUGUUCUCCGUGUUAAAUGUUACAAAUUUGGAAGCCAGCAAUCUCUCUGCAGUUGUUGGAGGUACAAUCGUAGCAAAAAUUGGAGCAAAUAUUACAGUUGAAUGUCCUGUGAAAGGUGUCCCCCAUCCGAAUGUGACAUGGUUUACAAAGAAAGGCACCCUACCAAUUAAUUCUUUCUUCCUUUCGAAUGGCUCUUUAUUUCUGAGGAAUGUUUCCCAUGAAAAUGCAGGAACAUAUUCUUGCAGAGCAACUAAUGCUCUUGGAAAAGCUGAGGCUGCAUCCAUUCUCCAGUUACGAGAACAGAGAUUUACAGAGAAUAAUACUUUACUAUCAAAGGGAAGCAGAAAAAAACGUGUCCUAAUGGCAUCUGGAAUUGGUACAAAUGUUAGUGUGGUACCUGGAGAUCCAUUAAGAAUAGGUUGCCCAAUGCUACCCAGCUCCAGAAACACUGUUCACUGGCUUUUCAGAGGUAGUCCAGUUGAGGAAGUCAAAACCUUGGAAUACCGAAUCCUGGCUGGGGGUCGCGUCCUGGAGGUGAACACCAACUCGGGUCAAUUUGCUGGGCAAUUCCAGUGUUGGACUUCAGCUAGUGCAAAACCAGUGUCAGUUUGGGUAAAUGUCAAGAAGGAAGAUUAUAAAUGGGAAUAUGCUGACUGGAGCACUUGUUCUGCUAACUGUGGCAAUUCAGGAACCCGCUCCAGGAAACUACAGUGCAUGAAUUCAGAAGAGCAGAAAGUAAAUGAAUCAUUUUGCAGAGAUCUGCAAAAGCCAGCAGUUAUUUACCAAUCAUGCAACAGAGAUGACUGCCCUGCCAGGUGGGUAACUAGUCGAUGGUCUGAGUGCUCUGCAACUUGUGGCAGUGGUUUUCGCUACCGGCAAAUAACUUGUCAACAAGUAAAAGCCAAUGGCAGCGUGGUGGCAGUGCUAGCAGGUGCUUGUAUGCACCAAGAUCGCCCUGUGGGAAGGAAGCCCUGUAUGGGUUAUUCAUGUACAGCAGGGACAACGCAGACAAAAGAACAGUGUCCUGGUUCUUGUAUAGGCCGCCCUGUAGCUUCACAGCAUCACCACUUUUUAUGUCGACUUCAUAAUGGAUCUUUGAUGCCAAACUCUUCUUGUGAUGAAAGAAAGAGAUCUGCUGUCAGAAGAAACUGUUCCUCAGAAGUAUGCGAUGUCUACUGGCGGACAGGGCCUUGGAGGCCUUGCAGUGUGCAGUGUGGGAGUGGAUUUCAGUCUAGACGAGUGUACUGUGUACACAGAAAGAAUAACAAACUUGUGGCCGAUCAGUAUUGUGGAUGGAAAAAGAGACCAGUGAGCUGGCGGCACUGCAAUGCCACAGCCUGUGGCAAAGAUGAAUGCAAGGAUACAACUCACUACUGUACAUUUGCAAAGCAACUGAGGUUAUGCUUGAUAGACGUCUACAAACAAAGAUGUUGUCAGUCAUGUCAAGAAAUGUAACGCUUCUAUGGAAAAUUCGUGAUACUGCAGUGAAGAGAUGAGAAGAGAGGUUCAUUGAGCUAUCCUGCUCCAAUUAUAUACCUGUAAAUAAGACAUUAGUCAUAGCAGUUAAAUGGGAACUUGUGGCUAAUGAAAAAAACAGUAUUGCAGAUUGAUACGCUGGGCAGGGUACUUCUUCCAAGAACUUUUAUUAUCCACUCUUUACAAUGGAACUUUUAAUGUUUUAAACAUCUCCAUGUUUGAAUUAGGAAUUUUUGUUUUGUAGACGAAGUAGAUGUCAGUACAGUUUUCAAAACAGCAAUAGAUUUGUUUUGAAAAAUGAAGUGUCAUUAUCUAUUGUUUCUAUUCUUCUGCUCAGUCACUGAAGUACAAAGUUCUGGCAUGGUUAGACUUUGCUACUGAUUUUGAAUUAGACACAAGGCUUCCUUGUCAGAGCUGUGAAUUAAACGUUUGUGAGCACUGUUCCCUAUCACAGUCAAACGGGGAGCCAACAAAUAGCCAAACAUGCCUGUCAGAUUUUCUGUCUUUGGUAAAUACUUUAUUAACAGGGCAAAAUGUCCAAGGAAGAAUUACUGAUUAUGAAGAUAGAGAUGUGCAAAAAAUCUAUUUUGAGCAGUUUUCCUUCAAGAUGAAUUUUUAUCAUGACCGUUAACCACAUAAAUCUUUGCAAGAUGAAGAAUUCUGGUUACGGUUUUUCUGGAUAUAUUAUUUUCUGUAUUGCAGAUUGUCUCAUUUGGGCUGUAAGCACAGAGAACCACACAGAAGGCAGCAGAUAGCUCUUUUCUUUU